AUGACUCCUCGUACUGACUUCCCUCCCGUUAGGGCCUGCCUCUUCGACAUGGAUGGCCUCCUCCUCGAUACCGAAGACAUCUACACCAAGUGUGUCAACAUCAUCCUCGAGAAGUACGGCAAGGGAACCCUCCCCUGGUCCAUCAAGGCCAAGCUUCAGGGCCGCCCCGGCCCCCAGGCCAACAAGAUCUUCCACGACUGGGCUCAGCUUCCUAUCACUUCUGAUGAAUACAUCGCUGAGAACACUGCCCUCCAAAAGGAGCUGUUUCCCAAGACCAAGCCCCUCCCCGGUAUUGUCGACAUGCUUGGUCACCUCGGCCGCACCCGAUACUGGGAGGUCAAGGACGGCGCCUCCAACGAGAAGUCUGCCGCCAAACCUCACCGAGUUCACAUUGCCCUUGCUACCAGCUCACAUCUUGGCAACUUCCGUGUCAAGACCAACCAUCUGGAGGAACUGUUUGCCGUCUUCCCUUCUCAUCGUCGUGUUCUCGGCGAUGACGCUCGUCUGACCCCUGGCCGUGGCAAGCCCCUGCCCGACAUCUUUCUUCUCGCCCUGAAGACAAUCAACGACAGUCUUCCCACCGGUGAACGACCUAUCACUCCCGAGGAGUGCCUUGUCUUUGAAGACUCUGUCCCCGGUGUCGAGGCUGGUCGACGUGCGGGUAUGCGCGUGAUCUGGUGCCCUCAUCCCAUGCUGAAGAAGGAAUACAAUGGCCGCGACGCCGAGGUUCUUGCUGGACGCACUGGUGAGGCUGGAGAGGUCGACCUCCACCAAGUUGGCGAGAUUGACGAUGGCUGGGCCGAGUACAUGCUCAGCUUGGAAAACUUUCCUUACGAGAAGUUUGGCAUCACCAUUCCGCCCGCUGAGGUAGAGAAGGAAGAUUGCAUGAAGGAGGCCCCUGAGGAGGCCGUUGCUGAAGUCUAG